GCGGUAACGUACAACGACGACGACGAAGAAGAACCGCCGCUCGCCUGAAGAAUAAAGAUGUCGGUUCAGAAAACUCUCCCUAAAGAUGCUCAGGUGAUGAUCCAGAUCCUGAAGGACAUGGGGAUCACAGAGUACGAGCCCCGAGUCAUCAACCAGAUGCUGGAGUUCACCUACAGAUACGUGACCACCAUCAUUGAAGACGCCAAAAUUUAUGCCACACACGCCAAGAAGUCCACCGUAGACGCAGACGACAUCAAGCUGGCUAUCCAGUGCCGGAUGGACCAGUCGUUUACAUCACCACCGCCGCGAGACUUCCUGUUGGAGGUGGCGAGGCAAAAGAACCAGACGCCGCUGCCCCUCAUUAAACCGUACAGCGGUCCUCGACUUCCUCCAGACCGCUACUGUCUGACCGCCCCCAACUACAGGCUCAAAUCCAUCCAGAAAAAGGUGUCAUCAUCUGGCGGCAGAGUGUCGGUGCCCCGCCUUAGUGUCGGCGCCAGCCGGCCGAACACACCAACCCUCGGAACACCGUCUGUUACCUCCAAGGUCGGCGCUCCGGGGUGUCUGACGGGUCAGCGGUUCACUGUGCAGAUUCCUCCUUCAUCACAGACGGCCACCACCAAAACCACCACACCCGCCAUCUCCAACGUCCUGAUCAACCCGUCGCUGAUCAGCUCCAAGAACAUCCUCAUCACCACCAACAUGGUGUCGCAGAACUCUGCCAGCGAGUCCCUCAAGAGGAAGCACGAGGACGACGACGACUACGACGCACUAUGACCGCGUGCGAGCCCCGCCCCUACCAGCUGAGCCGGCCUGAGACAGCACCUCCUGCUGUGCCAAACUAAAAUCACAAAUACUGAAAUUAGAAAUCAUCAGACUGACAGCUUC